UGCGUACCCGCCGUGUUACGUAUCUUGGUACUAACCGGAAGUGUACGGCAGUGUGUUUGGCGAGUAAAGCGGCAAACGUUGAUUGUUGAAUAUAUUGUCUUGCACGUUUGCAUAGGACAAUACAUAUCCGGACGGCGCGAUGAUUAUCCCCGUGCGCUGCUUCACUUGUGGAAAAAUCGUGGGAAACAAAUGGGAGGCUUACCUUGGCUUAUUACAGGCCGAGUACACCGAGGGUGACGCCCUGGAUGCCUUGGGCUUAAAGAGGUACUGUUGUCGCAGGAUGCUGCUGUCACAUGUGGACCUCAUUGAGAAAUUGCUGAACUAUGCCCCCUUGGAGAAGUGAGGGAUCCUGGGAGCCUCCUGGAACCUUAGAGCCGUUCACGUCCAUUAGUGCACCAAGGGACACCUGCUGUAAAUGUAAUCCUGCUUCCCAUUUAUCUGUACAGUUUGUAAUGAUUAAAUAAAGUUUUCACAAAUGUGU